AUGGAAGAAAAUCAAGAAAAUGAUGCUCCAACAGUGAUCAGGUCUAUGUAUAGUCUUGGACCUCAUAUAUGUCCUAUGGUCUAUGGCAUAGCCUUUUGUCCCCUAUCAAAAUCCGAAGUCCUCAAAACCCUAGGAUGUGCCGACUCGAAACAACUGACAGAAGAAAAACGUGAUGCAAUAUUCGACAAAAUCAACAUCGAAGACUACGCCCACGAAUCCAUGGGCUGGGCCGUAGACGUCAUCUCCCCAAACUACAUCAGCAAUUCGAUGCUCAAACGUAGCAAACAUUCUUUAAAUGAAGUCAGUAUGGAUUCGGCAAUUGCUUUGAUACAGAAGGCGAUAGAUGCUGGGGUUAAUGUGCAGGAUGUUUAUGUUGAUACGGUGGGGCCUCCGGAGAAGUAUCAGGCGAAGUUGAAGAAGAUUUUUCCUAAGUUGGAGAUUGUGGUUGCUAAGAAGGCUGAUUCUACGUAUCCUAUUGUUUCGGCUGCUAGUAUUUGUGCUAAAGUUAGCAGGGAUCAGGCUUUAAAGUUUUGGAAAUUCGGCGAAGGAUUGGAACUGACGCAAAAGGAUUUUGGAAGUGGUUAUCCAGGAGAUCCUUCAACAAAGUCCUUUAUCCACGAUCGAAUCGACAAAGUCUUCGGUUACCCCCAUCUGGUAAGGUUCAGUUGGUCGACUGCAGACAAUGCCCUGGCUUCGACAGCCUAUGAGUGUGAAUGGGAGUCUGCAGAGUCCGAUGAUGAAAAUGAAGACCCCAAAAAGAAGGCCAAGAGGCAGUCUUUAAAGAAUGUUCCUAAGAUUUCGAGUUUCUUUGGUGGCAACGAUGGCAGUAACAAGAGGAAGAGGCACAAGUUCUUUACGCAGAGGUGCUUGGUGAAUGUCGCAGAGUUGUAG